AGUAACGAGACAGUGAGAGAAAGAGAAAGAAAAUGGCGAUGAAUCUCAUGUGAUCAUCAUCUAUAUCAUCAUCGAUAUAUAUCAUCGUUAUAAACGACGAUGCCCACAUGACUGCUAUAUAGCUUUGUAAUUCCUCCAUCGCCUCCACCCUGGAGCAUGCAUUUCACCACCAGUAAUUUGUUUAAAUUGUAUCAUAUAUAGCUUCUCCUCUCUCUCCUCCUACAUACUGCCAAGCCAAAGCCCCGGCAGCCAUGGGGGACGAGGAAGUGGCAGCACCAGUCUUCUACUCAGCCCUGAAGCCAUGGACCAGUAGUUGUAGUAAUAGUGCUUACUGCGGCGGCAAAGAUCAGAAGGGUGGAUUCAGAGCUGCCUCCUUCAUCUUCGUGUUGGCGAAGUUUGAGAACAUGGCGUUCGUGUCGAACAUGGUGAGCCUGGUGCUGUACUUCAACCUGCAGAUGCACUUCGACGUACCGGGCUCUGCGAACACGCUCACCAACCUCAUGGGCUCCACCUUCUUGCUCUCUCUUGUGGGCGGCUUCAUCUCCGACACCCUCCUCAACCGUUACUCCACUGCCCUCAUCUUUGGCUUUCUUGAAGUUCUGUCACUGGUGUUGAUGACAAUCCAAGCGCACUCCCCAAGCCUACAGCCGAGCGCCUGCGGCAAGUCGAGCUGCGUGAAGGGCGGCAUAGCCGUGCUGUUCUACGCGUCGCUGUGCCUGAUGGCGCUGGGCGCCGGGGGGGUGAAGGGGGCGCUGCCGGCGCUGGGGGCCGACCAGUUCGACGCCAGGGACCCAAAAGAGGCGAAGGGGCUGGCCAGCUACUUCAACUACCUUCUGCUGAGCAGCACGCUGGGCGGGGCCAUCGGCGUCACCGUCAUCGUGUGGGUGAGCAGCAACGAGGGGUGGUGGCGCGGCUUCCUCAUUUGCACCGUCGUCACCUUCGUCGGCUUCGUUUUCAUGGCCGCCGGCAAGCCUUUCUAUCGCCUCCAGGCGCCCGUCACCGUCCCCAUCAUUAGGAUUGCUCAGGUUAUAUUUGUGGCCGUGAAGAACCGGCGGUUGAGUCCGCCGGAGAACGCCAACGAAUUGUAUGAGAUCAGUGACAAGGACUCGUUUUCACUGGAAGAGAAGAUCUCUCACACCCCUCAAUUCAGGUGCCUGGACAAAGCUGCCAUCCUGGAGCAGGACGUAGAAGACACCAAUAUUAAGUGGACGCCAUGGACAGUAUGCUCCGUGACGCAGGUGGAGGAAGUGAAGAUUCUAACCAGAAUGCUCCCCAUCAUCGCCAGCACCAUACUCAUGAACACCUGUCUGGCCCAGCUGCAGACAUUCUCCGUCCAGCAAGGCUACCGCAUGAACCGAUACCUUGGAUCCUUCGAAGUCCCCGCUUCAUCCAUCCCCGUGAUCCCCUUGCUCUUCAUGUCCAUCCUCAUCCCCGUCUACGAGUUCCUCUUCGUCCCCUUCGCCAGGAAGUUCACCGGCCACGCCUCUGGGAUCACCCAGCUCCAGCGCGUCGGAAUUGGCCUCGUCCUCUCCGCCGUCUCCAUGGCAGUCGCCGCCCUGGUUGAGGUCAAGCGCCGCCGCCAGUCCCUCAAGAACCCCCUCCAGCCCAUCAGCCUCUUCUGGCUCUCCUUCCAGUACGGCAUCUUCGGCAUCGCCGACAUGUUCACUCUCGUCGGCCUCCUCGAGUUCUUCUACAAGGAAGCCCCCGUUUGCAUGAAAUCUUUGUCCACUUCUUUCACCUGGAUUUCCCUCUCCAUCGGCUACUUCUUGAGCACCGUGUUCGUCAACAUAAUCAACUCGGUGACCAAAAGGGUGGCGCCGAGCAGACGGGGGUGGCUCUACGGGCAGGAUCUGGAUCAGGACCACCUGGAUUUGUUCUACUGGUUCUUGUCCAUUCUCAGCUGCUUGAAUUUCCUCAACUAUCUGUACUGGGCGUCCUGGUACAAGUACAAGACAGAAGAUCAGAGCAAGGCCGUUGAGUCAUCAAUGGCCAGCACUCCAGUGAGUGGCUUGCCUUUGCUGAAGGAAGAAACCGCAAAUGGAUCAGUGCCCAGCGAAGAAGAAGAAGAAAAAGAAACAGAUGAUGAGGAGGAGGAGGAGAAGGAAUCAAAGAAAGGCGGGAAAGUUGGCGUGGAGAAUGAUAAGCUGGCGACGAAGAUCAGUACCCCUUUGCCUCUGCCACUGCCAAAAAGCAGUGAUGAUAACAUAAACAAUACUAAGAGUACUGGUGCAGCCGCCAUUGCUGCAAAUGGGGAAGAAGAAGAAGGAGAUCAUGAUAGAAGUGGCCAAAUGGGAAAUAAGGAUUGAUUGAGGGGUUUGUGUUGGCCCAAGAGAAGGGAGGAUUGUUUUUAUGGUUUCUUUUCUUUUUUUUUACAUUUUUUUCUUUGUGUGUGUUGGAUAUAUAUAUAUAUAUAUAAUGGAUAAUGUAUAAUUGACAUAAAUGGUUGAGCAUGCAUUGUGCCCAAAUCAAGGACUUCAUUUUGUACCCUACCCUAAUGGUUCUUGGUUAGUAAUAAGAUUGCAAAAGAGAGGAUCCUUAAUUAUAUACCUAA